AUGGCGAGCAUCGUGCAGCGGCCCCACGAGCGUUGGCUCGAUGUGAUCAGUCGCAUUAAUUCCCCGGAGAACGUCGCGCGACAACAACGUCUUAAACAACUCGAUAUCGAGAUUGAGAACAUCCUAAAAUUCUCUAGAGCCGACACACAAGGCCAUGUUGAUGCCGGGCCCAUCAAGACUUUGGUCAGAGAGCAGAGCAGACUUGAGGAGGAGGUGGAGAGGGAUACUAAACUUUAUGAACAAGAACUCCAGGAAGCCAGGGCCGAAAUGAACGCGGCUUCUCUCAUCGGCGCGCAGUCAACACCUUCAAUUCAUCGGAAUCUCGACAUCCCUACGCCAUCACGCAGUUCGGUCAAUGAGAGCCAACGUAGCUCUCACCACCGUGAAGACUCGGGCGAGGAAAGCCACGGCAAUACUAGGGAAAACAACAACGACAAAGAUUAUGAGAAUGAUAUUCCCCAAUACGACACUUUCGGCGAAAAGCAAAGUGAGGAAAUUCUUAAUUCACUGCCUACCGCAAACAAUCGACUUACACGUUCCAUUUCGCCUGCCCCGACUCGCUUCAUUUCCCAAAGACAUACUUCACCCGAAACUGGAGAUUCGAAGCGACCAGCCAAGCGACACUGGCGCAGUGAAUCUUUCUUUACACAAGGCCGUAAAAUCGAAUUUGACGCGGUUUUUCAGAACGGAACACCUCGCCAAUGGUAUAGGAUCGUGCAAUCUCCUCGUAUUUCUGGCCAUUGGUAUAUUCUGGAAUGUACGAGCUGCUCCACAUACUUCAGAAGGGAAGACGCAUUUCAACAAGCCAAGGAACAUCUUCACAGGCGUCAUUCCAACAACUCUUAUGUGUCUGCGGCCAGUGUCCUCGAGGAAUUUGGUACGGUCGUUUUGAACUGUAACGCGGAGCUGGCGAAGAGGAACAACGCCGUUCUCGAUGGUUUUCAUUUACUCGCAAGCAAUACAGAACCCAUUGCAAGUCCUGAACCAGACGACCAGGAUGAAACCCCCGAGGAAGAGCCACCGCCUCAAACUACAACCGCUACUCAUUCCAGAAAAAAGAGGAAACGCGGCCGUCCAAAGGCCCCCGUCUAUCAAUGGAAGCCUCCGACCUCCUUCGCCGAGCUCGACCCUCGCAUCGUCAACCUCAAGCCAGGCGACAUCGUCAGUGUCUGGAUUAAGAAGUAUAGGCGUUUCGAGCCGGCUAUGAUACUCCCCUGGGGUCGAUUCGACCGCCUCAAAUAUAGCCACACACUAGCCGAGGUAGAACUUGACGAGAAUAUUCCGAAAUGCUACGACAGUGCUGAGAGCGAUGACAUGGUCCCUCGGCCGUGGGCUCCGGGAUACGGCAACAUAGGCGACCUCGCGCACCGUCGUAUGCUUCCGGGAUUGUACUUUCGCAAGGGGAAGGACUUUCCCUGCCAGUGCCAGUCGAGCUGGCUCGCGCUGAACCAGCUGAAGGUAUUCGACAAAACGUGUCCUCACACGAUCAACAAGGAAGCGGUUCUGGGAUACCUCGAUUGCUACGCGAAGUGCUACCCACAGGAAGAAGAUCAAGAUCAUCACCCUCAGAUUGACUAUGGUGUUGAAGACGGCAGUGCUCGCGCUCAUGGGGAUGAUGAGAAUGGAGCGGGUGACGAUGAGGAGAUCAAGACGGAGUGGGGGGUUGGAGACCAUGUCUGGAGGAUGGGAAAAGCAGGUGUACGUCGUGUGCAGAUCGUUCGCAGUGUUGAGCGUUAG